AUGGCUACUGGCGGCACCAUCUGCGAUGAAAUUACCUCGAUAAAUUCUAUAUUCGACGAAGACACCCUGUCGCCAAUCUCUGAAAAUGAUAGCAUUUACAGCUUGCGACUUCCCUCAUUUCCAUCGAUAACUCUGCGGAUAAAAUUCCCUCCAGAUUAUCCAGAUGCCCCGCCAUCAAUACUCGGAACGCAAAGUGUAGGCCAGGAUGUCCAGAAGGGAAUGGGGAGUAGGGUGGUGGAUGUAGUAAGAGAUGUGCUGGCGCAGGUGUACACACCGGGUGAAGCAUGUAUAUACGACCUACUUGAGGAAGUUCGAGAAGCUAUUGAAAAGGCGGAAGAGCAGGGCGCAGUACAUCUACACGACCACCACGAUUCAGAGCCCUAUAUAGAAUCGCAAGGCACAAGAGCGUUAGAAGAACCUGCAUUGGACCUAGGACCAGAGCCACCCUGGAUAAUCGCACCACCCAUCACCGAAAAGAAGUCCGUCUUCCUCGCUCGCGUCGCUCCAGUAUCCUCUCCAGCACAAGCAAAGCAAUAUAUUGCGCAUCUUCUAGCCACCGACAAGAAGGCGGCACGUGCAACGCACAACAUGACUUCCUGGCGUAUUAAGGGAUCCAACGACACCAGCUACCAGGACUGCGACGACGAUGGGGAAACUGCCGCUGGAGGAAGGAUGCUUCAUCUCAUGCAGUUGAUGGACGUGUGGAACGUUAUGGUCGUAGUGACGAGGUGGUAUGGUGGCAUCUUGCUCGGCCCUGAUCGGUUUCGAAUCAUCAAUACGGCCGCGCGAGAGGCUCUGGUGUUGGGUGGAUUUGCGAAAGAGGUCAAGGAGACUGACGGGAAGAAGAAGGGGAAAAAGUAG